CCACAAUGCACUACCAGCGGCCAUAUUGGAGGGCUGUUAUAAACAAGCCAUACACGAAGUCUAUUGUGAAUGUUCAUUCAUCCAAGAAUAUGCCACUGACAUGUGCUAUUGUCAACUGUCACAACCGAGGUGGGAGGGAUAAAAAGAGUUUUUAUCGCAUUCCUAGUGUUACGAAAGGCCAAGGAGAGGCGGCAGAAAAGAAAAGAAAGCCUCACUUGUAUGAUGAAACUGAUCCCGAUUGGGCACCAAGCAAACUAUUAGGAUAUGAAACUCCAAGAUCACCAUCAAAAGCUGCUAUCAGACAUGAGAGACUUCUAAACAGGAAAGAUGCAAGGAAAAAGACUGAAGCCGCUAUGAGUCUUUUGGAACUCAGCACAUACUUGCAAGCUGACAGUAGAGCUGAUUUACCAGUGGAAACAGAAGAAUCAUUACCAGAGGUACGUGAGGUGGAAGAGGAAUUGUCUGAUGCUGAGAAGCUGGAUUUGGCAAAUGAAGAAAUUUCUCAGCUGAAGAAAGAAAACCAACCAUUGACAAAACAAAAUGAGUGUUUGAAGAGCAUAGUGCAUAAGAUGAAGGCAAACUUGCCAGAGGACUUUGAAAAUGACAAUGAUAAAGUUAAAUAUUACACCGGGUUACCAAGUUUUAUGACACUAAUGGCACUGUUCAAUCUUUUGGCUCCUGAAAUGAGUGAAAAUAGAAAUUCAACUUUGAACAAAUUUCAAAAUCUCACCCUGAUGAGAUUAAGACUUAAUAUGCCAAUUAUAGAUCUCAGUUACAGGUUUGGAGUUUCAAAAACAACAGUGUCUAAAGCAUUCAUGGAUACACUGAAUUUGAUGUAUUAUGUACUGCAACCUUUAGUGCGAUGGCCGGAGCAAGAUGAACUUAAGGACACAAUGCCUAUGGCUUUCCGUAAAUACUUUGGUCGCAGAGUUACCUGUAUUAUUGACUGUUUUGAAAUUUUCACCAACAGACCUUCCAACAUGACUGCAAGGGCACAAACCUGGUUCAACUACAAGCAUAAUACAGCUUAAUAGGGAUUACUCCUCAGGGAAGUGUCAGUUUCAUCUCAGAAGGCUGGGGUGGAAGAGUGAGUGACAAGUACUUGACAGCUAACUGUAAAUUUUUGAAUAACCUUAUAAAUGGAGAUCUCAUACUAGCAGAGGAUUUGACAUUCAGGAAGUGGUAGCACUUGUGGUAGCAGAAGUUAAAUAUCCAGCUUUCAUGAAAGGGAAAACACAGCUGAGUGCGACUGAAGUUGAAUCGACAACGAAAAUAGCCAAUGUCAGGAUUCAUGUGGCGUGUGUAAUAGGAACUGUGCGACAUAAAUUCAUGAUCCUUGGUGCUACUUGUCCAAUAGAUUACCUGACUUCAAAACCUGGUGAUGAGUGUACAAUUCUGGACAAGAUUGUCUUUAUGUGUUGUGCCUUGACUAACAAAUGUCCAUCUGUUGUACCUUUUGAUUGAAGCAGGCAUAAACAUUAUUCUAUUUGAUGUGUAAUAUGUAACUAUCAGUGGUAUUGUGAUACAUAUACUGUGGCAAAGUAUGUUUUACAAAGAACAUUACAGAUAUGUUUUUGUUAUUUAUUCUGGAAGAAAUAAUUUCGUACUAAUGGAAAUGAAACUAAAUCUCAUAUUCAA